AUGCCGCCAUUUCGCAACCUAUUGAACCGGAAGAAUCAACCCAAUGGCGGGGACGCCGAUGGCUUCGACGAGAAUCACCUGUCGCCCACCCCCGCUCCUAUCGAGAUUCGUCGCAGUUGCGACGGUGAACCGAACGAGUACAAAUUGAGUGUCGUCAAUGACAGCGGUGUCUAUCUUCCGCCCUCCCCGCCGGAGAAACAGAGUUUCUGGCGCCGGUACCCAGGUUCCACACGCUCUUCAAACCAUCGCGACCUUGUCGACGAAAAUGAACCCUUUUCAAUAUCGCGUGAAUCAUUCGACUCUUAUCGCCGCUCAUUUGAUAUUUGCGCCCGUUCACCUGUCGCACACGCCGACGCCGUCCCCUCCCGAACAUCCCUCGACUCCCGCUUCUCCCGCUCGCCCGGCAUGUGCUCGGGCAGGUUUGAGAAGCCCGACCCGAUGGAAGAGGAGAAAUUCGAAGAAGUCGGGCUAAACGACGAAACGAAACCCAAGAAGAAGGGAAUCUUCGCCCGCUUCGGCGAUACCAGUGACGCACCACAAUCCGGUAACAAGUCUACUUCCUUUGGAUUCCAUAUUCCUGGCAGGAAGCGCGGGCAGAGCGGCGGUGGUUCAGAGUUAAGCGCCAUGAAGGGUCCCACGCCUGUGGUGGCCGAGAGAGGGAAUGAGCUCCCAUGA